AUGGGCAGCAAACACAUUCCAUUAAGGAGGGCCACUUCAGCCGGCUAUAGGAUGCCAGACAGAACGAAAACAAAGCUGACAUCCACUUCCUCCGUGUCACUUAGCCACGCCGGGACCAAACAUUCUCCCAUUCUGCCCAAGAAGGAUAAAGAAAAGGAAGCCUGGGGGAUGUGGUCAGGCAGGACCACGUAUGGAGAGAGUUUGUGGAUGCCGAAAGGAGAGGUGAAAAACAAUGGCAUGAAAAUUGGAGCUUCCUAACGGAAUAUGACACAUUGGGCAAUAAGAAAGAAGUAGAGACACUACCUGAACAAAUGGCAGUUUUCUCAGACCAAGUGCCCAAUACCACCAAUCAGAACAUUGGAAGCAGAAUGAGCACAGAGCUGGGGAAGAGCCUCAUACACAUGGAUUUCAUUCUGACCAGUGGAAAUCAGAAGAGGAGG